AUGAUUGAUGUGGCAUGUGCUUUGGAAUAUCUUCACCAUGGGUGCGUGGUGCUUGUGAUUCACUGUGAUCUAAAGCCUAGUAAUGUCUUGAUGGAUGAGGAUAUGGUUGCUCACCUAAGAGAUUUUGGUAUUUCAAAACUACUUGUUGAAGAUGAGAGUACAUUAUACACUAAAACCUUAGCAACAAUGGGUUAUAUUGCGCCAGAGUAUGGACAAGAAGGAUUGGUCUCUAUCAAAAGUGAUGUCUAUAGUUAUGGGAUCAUAUUGCAGGAAACGUUUACUAGGAGAAAGCCUAGUGAGUUUGAGGGAGAUCUUAGCUUGAAGCAAUGGGUGAGUUUUUCACUUCCCAAUGCGGUAAUAGAUAUUGCAGAUGCCAACUUGAUUUCAGCAAUGGAUAAUGACAUAAAGAAGAAGUUAGAUUGUGUGGAGUCAAUCAUGAAAGUGGCACUAGAUUGUUGUGUUGAAUCUCCAACAAGACGGAAAAACAUUAAAGAUGUUGUAGGGAUACAAUAGAAGAUUAGGAUUCAACUUCUCUCAUGUUGAACAUACUAUUGGCAACUCUUGUUCCAAAUUACUUUUUUUGUUGGCAAAUAUUUGCUAAAUAAUUCUAUUGAUGUGAAGAAUGAAGUACAAUAUUUUAGCA